CUCAGAUUCAGGCUUCAGAUGUUGGUUACCAGAGUAAACAAAGAGUAGGCAAAGCUCCUCUGCUAUUCCAAUUGCCACCAAACUUGGAGCUCGCAUGAAAAAUACAAAAUUUCUAGAUGGUCUUCAGAAGCUGAUGGGUGUGUCAUCAUGCAGGCUAUUAAAUCCUAUAACUGUGUACGAUGUGGCAAUGACUUUGCCAGUCAAACAGCCCUAAAACAUCACUUUCAAGCAAAACAUAUCGGGAAAGUAUACUGUGAUAAGUGUGGGAUUGAAGUAUUGCGGGAAAAACUGAAGGAGCAUGAACAAACUGUGCAUUACAAAGGUAAAUACAAUAUGUCAUGUGAGCAUCUGUACUGGGAUGAGCCAUUGCAACGAGAGGACAAGUUUGUGGCAUCAGAAAAGAGUGUGUCUUGCCGGAUGUGUGGUAGGGUGUUUGGAACCAUCCACUGCAGGGAGCAACAUGAGAGGCAAGAGCAUCAUUAUACAGCCAGCCAAAGAGCAAGAAUGUCAACAGCAUUCUCCCCAGACUGUGUAUUGGACCUCAGACACCCACAGCUAUUACAAAAAUUUAUGGAAACAUACCUUCGACCAGAAAUGGGAUUUGUGAGAUUGGCUUGUGCUGGAGAAGUAGAGAAACUUAUUGACUUAAUUAAAGAGUGCUGCCCCACAUCUGUGACCCGACUUAUUAAGGGUGGCUCUUAUUUCAAAGGGACAGACACCAGAGAUUGGUCUGAUAUUGAUGUUGUGAUAUUCAGCUCCUCAUUUUUGAGCCUUGAUGACUGCAAGGAGAAGAUAUCAUCCAUGUUGUGUGGCCUGGAGAAUAAUUUGAAAUUAUCUGUAAUGACCAACAGGAUAUUGAUGGAAAAGAAGGCUUCACUUUCUCUUCGAUUUCAGUUCAAGUGUUUCAAAGACUUACAUAUUCACCACUUUGAUGUAAUGCUCUGCCAUGAUUUAUUAGGACCCAUUCCAUCCCAAGAUGUUAAAAGGAACUUAUACCGACAAUUAUAUAAUUGUGGGGAUGAUGUAAAAAUCCAGCUUUAUUCAAUCUCUCUGCUGCAGUAUCAAGUGGAUUUUGUGAAGGCAUCUAUUGUUGGUGUAAAGGAUCUGAUUCGUCUGGAGCGGAACCAGUUGAAAACAGUGCCCCAAAAGUACAUUGGAAAUGAGAGAUCAUGGGGUAGGAAGGAGUCAUCAACUGUGAUGUACUUUGUGGAGAAGCUUAAGAAGACAGUGUGGGAAAGCACAUGA